ACAGCGAGAGGGAUGCAGCGCGCGCUCAGCGCAGCCUGAAAAUGGCAAACCUUUGGAUUUAUCCGUCCCUUCUUUUCUUUAUCUUUAACUCCCUAACACCGAGUCAAGCCUUACGGAAUUACCCAGACAAUGAAGUUACGUUGCUGGACACAAUGUCUGCUCUGGGAGACCUUGGCUGGGAGGCCUACCCAGCAGAAGGAUGGGAGGAAAUCAGUGUGAUGGAUGAAAGGAACACUCCCAUGCGCUCCUACCAGGUGUGUAACGUGAUGGAGGCUAAUCAGAACAACUGGCUUCGCACACGCCACAUCCCACGAGAUGGAGCACAACGCGUCUACAUCGAGAUUAAAUUCACUCUCCGUGACUGCAACAGUCUGCCUGGAGUCCCUGGCACCUGCAAAGAAACUUUCAACAUGUACUACUACGAGUCCAACAACCCAAACCUGUGGUUUAUCAAGGAGAGCCAGUAUGUAAAGAUCGACACCAUCGCAGCUGAUGAAAGCUUCACACAGACUGACGUUGGUGAUCGUGUUAUGAAACUGAACACAGAAGUGCGGGACAUCAGUAACUUGAGCAAGAAGGGUUUCUACCUGGCUUUCCAAGAUGUUGGGGCUUGCAUUGCUUUGGUGUCCAUGCGAGUCUUUUAUAAGAAGUGUCCUCUUGCAAUUCUCAACUUGGCCCAGUUUCCCGACACAGUUACAGGUGGAGAUUCUGCUUUGGUGGAGGUGCGAGGAUCAUGCGUGAAUGACUCGGAGGAGUUUGAGGCACCAAGGAUGUACUGUAGUGGCGAUGGUGGAUGGCUGGUGCCAAUUGGACGCUGCGUCUGCAAGCCAGGCUUUGAAGAGAACAAGGACUACUGUCAGCCCUGUAGGCUAGGCACCUACAAGGCCUCUUCGUUGGAUACAUACUGCACCAAGUGUCCUCCGCACAGUUAUUCCCAUCAGGAGAAGGUGUCCGAGUGCUCCUGCGAAAAGGGAUUUUACCGAGCCGACAUGGACCCGCGGUCAAUGGCGUGCACAAGGCCUCCGUCUGCACCAGAGAACCCAAUCUCCACCCUGAAUGACACCUCUGUGACUUUAGAAUGGAGUCCUCCGAGAGACAGCGGCGGGAGAGGGGACGUCACCUACAGUGUCAACUGUAGGAAGUGCGCCAGCGAUGGCAAGAUGUGCAGCCCCUGCAGCAGCAGUGUGCAUUUCGUUCCCAGGCAGUUUGGACUCUCGAUUCCUAAAGUGCUGAUCACAGACCUGCUGUCCAACACUAACUAUACCUUCAGCAUAGAGGCGGUAAACGGGGUGUCUGAUCUGAGCCCGACUCCGAAACAGGGAGUCACUGUCAACAUCACCACCAGUCAGACAGUGAAUUUAAUCCUGAAGGAGAGAAAAAGCAAAGACAGUAUCACACUGGCGUGGCAGGGACCCAACAGACCCAAUGGAGUGAUUGUGGAAUAUGAGGUCAUCUACUAUGAGAAGAACCAGAGAGAUCAGAACUACACAGUUCUGAAGACCAAAGGCCACAUGAUGACAGUGGAGGGACUAAAGCCGGGCACCAUCUAUGUGUUCAGAGUGAGGGCACGCACCGACGGAGGCUACGGCAACUAUGGCGGAGAGAUAGAGCUGGAGACCAGUCAUGAAGAUAUGCUGGCCAUUGGGGAUCCAAACCAAUCCACUAUCCUGGCGGUGUCCAUUGCUGGUGGCAUUGUGCUUCUUAUCUUCCUAGUGGCCUGUUUUGUAGUGAGUGGAAGACAUUGUGGAUACAUCAAAGCCAAGCAAGAUCCAGAUGAGGAAAAAAUGCAGUUUCAGAACGGGAGAGUUAAACUGCCAGGAAGCAGGAUGUACAUUCACCCCCACACUUACGAGGACCCAACACAAGCCGUCCGAGAUUUUGCCAAGGAAAUAGAUGCCUCCAAUAUACGCAUAGAGAGAGUUAUAGGGGCCGGUGAGUUCGGGGAGGUUUGCAGUGGACGUCUGAAGCUCCCCAGCAAGAGAGAGAUCUACGUGGCCAUCAAAAGUCUAAAGGCGGGAUACUCAGAGAAGCAGAGGCGGGACUUCCUGAGUGAGGCCAGCAUCAUGGGCCAGUUCGACCACCCAAACAUCAUCAGACUGGAAGGAGUCGUUACCAGAUGCAAGCCUGUGAUGAUUAUUACAGAGUACAUGGAGAAUGGAUCUUUGGAUACUUUCCUAAAGAAACAUGAUGGGCAGUUCACAAUCAUUCAGUUGGUGGGCAUGAUGCAUGGUAUCGCUUCAGGAAUGAAGUAUCUGUCUGACAUGAGCUACGUCCACCGUGACCUGGCAGCACGCAACAUCCUGGUCAACAGUAACCUGGUGUGUAAGGUGUCUGACUUUGGCCUGUCCAGAGUGCUAGAGGAUGAUCCUGAAGCUGCAUACACCACACGGGGUGGAAAAAUUCCUAUUCGAUGGACAGCCCCAGAGGCUAUAGCGUACAGGAAGUUCACCUCAGCGAGCGACGUUUGGAGUUAUGGCAUCGUCAUGUGGGAGGUUAUCUCGUAUGGAGAGAGGCCUUACUGGGAGAUGUCUAAUCAAGACGUCAUAAAAGCUAUAGAUGAGGGUUACAGGCUUCCAGCUCCAAUGGACUGCCCUGUGGUUCUCCAUCAACUGAUGCUGGACUGCUGGGAGAAGAGCAGAAGUGAACGACCCAAAUUUGGGCAGAUCGUCAACACUCUUGACAAACUGAUUCGCAACCCCAACAGCCUGAAAGAGCUGGCCAACAGCUCAGUGUGGGAAGAUCCCACCACCCCUGAAUUCAGUGUGAGUACAGUGGAUGAAUGGCUAGACGCCAUCAGUAUGGGCCAGUACAAAGAGAACUUUGCCACUGCAGGCUAUGUUUCUCUAGACUCUAUACUAUACAUCAGCUUGAGUGAGCUAAGCAAGAUGGGCGUCACUCUGGUCGGGCACCAGAAGAAGAUUCUCUCCAGCAUCCAGAGUUUGCACACACAAGGGACGCAUGUGCAGGUAUAACACGCCUUCUCCAGCACCUGCCACAGCCUGAGAGCAUUCAGACUGAGAGCGUUAGCCACAGCUCCCAGAACAGUUCCUAUCCGCAGCUUCACCAUACACUUCCCACCCUGGAUGUUUCAGCAUACGAUCCCUUGUCAGCACUCCGGCUUCCGUCCAUGCACGUCCGAGCUUCCUCUGAGCAGAGGGACACUGAGACUGAUCUACAAUCACUUGACAAGGCCAAGGCAUAUCAGAUCAGUUUACAGUAAUUAAAAACAAGAAAUGUAAAAGUGAAACAAAUACAGGAACAAAAAUACAUUUGGGGAAAAUUCACAGCUUGUGUUUCAACAAUUGCAUUCCAUAUGUGACAUAUUUUGCAUUUCAGUGGUUGGACUGUUAUUCAGAUAAAAAGGAGGGGUGUUGUUUAUUUUUUAACAUCCACUUGAGAAUGUAGUAGUAGAAUAUUCCCUAAACAUCAUCUAUGAGCCACUGUCAAAUAACAGAUGUUCAUAGUAUAUUUAUUUUGUCAUAUUUGAGGCAAUGUUUGGACUGAUGGCUUUUCACCAGGAUGAAGCAUCCAAUAUUCAGCCAAAACGGGCAACAGGAGUUUUUAUUGCACCAGCUAAUGGAUGCAUUGCUCUGAUCCAUUGGAGACAGUGGGGGAGAAGUCUGAAGCUAUGCCUGCGGACAACAGCAGAGGCGAGCGAGGGAUUGCAAGAUGAGAGCAUUGCUUUUUAAUUCUAUUAAACUGAGAACUAGCUGCUCUUCACUCAUUGUAUUGUUCCUUGUGUUGCUUUGAAUAAUGAGUAUCAGAGCUUUUCAAACACAUGUCUAGAUACUGUAGAUCUUAGAGCAAAAUGAAAAUGGAACUUUUAUUUCUGUCAAUUUGCUGCACAGAUACCAUGUGUAUUCAUGAUAAAUCUUUUAUCACUGCAGUCCAUGGUUUGGUUUACUGGGGCAGAAUAAAAGUUUGUGUACAUCAAAUUCACUGAUUUCCACUGAAAACAACUUUGAAAGUCAUUAUGAAGUGGUAGAGAUAUUCAUGUGCCCGCCGUCUCGAUAAAUAUCAUGCACCAUGUUCACAUCGUCCUUACGUUUACACUUGUGUAACUAUAGUGCGUGACAACCACAACAUAUACUAUUGUACUAUAGUGUAUAUAAUGUACAGUGUUGAUAAAAAAAAAAAAGAAAACAAAAGCAAAAAAAAAAAAAAAAAUAGAAUAUUUGUAAUAACGUACUUUUAUCUAGUAUGAAGAGGUAAAUGUGGGUGUGUGGUGUUAUCACCGCCAUUUGCCGAUGUGCGAUAAUAACUGAUCUCUGGAAUGUAGCAUGGAUUCUAAGCUUCAUCUUUUGAUUGACAGGUGACAGUGACUGCAUUUUUUUUCACUCAAGUGGUGCCGUUAGCUGCUUGACGUUAGAUGCCUUAUUAAAUGUGCAGUUCUCUCUCUUUUCUCAUCCUCCCCACUAGAGACAAUAUUAUGAAGUAUAAUGUAUAUAGUAUUUAUCAUUGCAUUACUGAGAAACUCAAGCUCGAUAUUAAAGCCCAGCUAAACAGGUUGGUUUUGCUGUUUUCGGAAGUAUAGGAAUGUGUUGGAUCCUCUGCUUUCUUACAGGAAGUGUACAUGUGGUAUAGGGACAGAGAGAGACUUUUGUGAAUCUAUUUGGCUGAACUAAAUUCCUUAUGCUAACUUUAUUGAAACUGAUUUUCUGCACUAUACAUUUUUGUACUAGUGAGGUUGUUCUGUAAAGUAGAAGUCUACCUGUUUUAUUUAAAUAUAUGCAUAAAUAAGACUGAGAGUUAUGGUAUAUAGAGAUAUUCAUACAAUCUGUUGUCCUUUAAAUCAAGAUGCCCCAGUGUCAUUUCAAAUUGUCAUUUAUUUUAUAUCACGAUUGUGUUUCAAUGGUUUAGCACAGCACUCAGAUUUGUUUAUGUUACUUGUUGGGAUAAAUCUGUGGAAUUAAGCCAAUUGGAUGUAUAUAUGGUAAAGCAGAGCUAAGAGUUCUGCACUUGAAAGUAAUUUAUUCAAAACCCUUUCAAAAUGCUAUUAUGAAUUUAACUGAUAAAAAUAUGUUUGAAUUCACGGAAAUCUAUGGAAUUCUGUGGCCGCACAUUCCAUAUGGGCUUAUUAAGUGCACAGGACCACAGUUUAUUCCUUCAAAGUGCAUUUUUCUGUUAUUUUUCAUGAUCUAAAGGAAAAUUCUUCAUCAUCUAUGUCAUUAGAGGAUGCAUAACUGGGUGAUUUAAUUAAAAUUGUAAAAUUCCUGAAACAACAUAUGCCAGGGCAAAACUGUUGGGACUCAAAGACUAUGAUAUAAGGCCCAUUUAGUUUACCUAAUUAAAGCAGCAAUGACAAAAAAAUGAGUUUAAAAUGUGCUGGGUUCACUACUACAGCAGUUCCCUAUCUGUCACUCACUCAACGUCGUGUCGAUGUAGUGACACUAGGGGUCACUCUUGGGAGCCCCAAACUUCAAGCUUUUUUGAAAAAAGGCCAAUGAGAAUUGGCGAGUUGAAUUUGCAUGCCACUCCCCCGGACAUAUGGGUAUAAAAGGAGCUGGCAUGCAACCACUCAUUCAGAUUUUCUCUUCGGAGCCAAGCGGUUGUAUUCAGUGCACUGAAUUCAAUUCCCUCCAAAGACGCACCUCAAAACUGCUGUAUUUACGGUGCAUUUCAGUGGCUUCUCCCCCUCUGCACCUGUGGAGUGCAGAGAAUGCCCCUGGGAGCUUCAGCAGAGUGAAAAUAAGAGAGUAUAUUCUAAAAGAGUAUAUUUUCAUUCACAAAAAGAGCGGCACACACACAUCCUGGACCUGUGAGUACUGAACCGGGCUUUGCACAGACUCCAGUCCAAGAUGCUGACAUAAAAACACACACUAACGAGCUUCCGGCAUCAAUACUGGUUUGCGGCGGUAGACCUGAAGGACGUGUACUGCCACGUCUUGGUCUUACCUCGACACAGACCCUUCCUGCGGUUUGCCUUCGAAGGCCAGGCGUACCAGUACAAGGUCCUCCCCUUCAGCCUGUCCUUGUCCCCUCGCAUCUUCACGAAGGUCAUAGAGGCAGCCCUUACCUUGCAUAGGGUCUGUAUACCAGUGCAUCUAUACCAAGGGGUGCCUCGGUCAGGGCAUACCAAAGCAGGCAUUGGGAGUAUUCCCGGGAAGCAAACAGGUCUACCUAUGCUCAACCAAAUCGACUCCGAAUCAGCUGGACCACAUGAGGGUGGAGUCUCCACUCUCCCCUGAGGGUAACCUGACAUGACAGCACGUCCGCUGCGGUGUUGAGGUCGCCCGGGAUGUGAGUGGCUCGUAGCGACUUGAGGCGCUGCUGACUCCAGAGGAGGAGACGGCGGGCGAGUUGUGACAUGCAACGGGAGCAUAGACCGCCUUGACGGUUGAUGUAAGCUACCGUCACUGUGUUGUCCGUCCGGACCAACACAUGCUUGCCCUGGAUCAAUGGCCGGAACCUCCGCAGGAUGAACAGUACUGCCAACAACUCUAGGCAGUUGAUGUGCCAACGCAGCUGCGGGCCAGACCAGGAGCCAGCGGCUGUGUUCCCAUUGCAUCCGGCACCCCAUCUGUUAUAACCAUGAUGUGCCUGGAGACUUUCUCUAGGGGAACCCCUGCCCGUAGAAAUGCAAGGUCGGUCCAAGGGCUGAAGAGGCGGUGACAGAUCGGCGUGAUAGUCACGCGAUGUGUCCCGCGGCGCCAUGCCCAUCUCGGGACUCGAGUCUGAAACCAGUGCUGAAGUGGUCUCAUAUGCAUCAACCCGAGCGGUGUGGCCGCUGCUGAGGAUGCCAUAUGCCCCAGGAGCCUCUGGAAAAGUUUCAGUGGGACCGCUGUCCUCUGUCUCAUUCAUGAGGCACGCUGUCAUCGAGACUGAGUCCAACUCCAAACCGAGAAAAGAGAUGCUCUGAACCGGGGAGAGCUUGCUCUUUUCCCAGUUGACCCAAAGCCCCAGUCGGCUGAGGUGCCGGAGCACAAGGUCCCUGUGUGCGCACAGCAAUUCUCAAGAGUGAGCUAGGAAUAGCCAGAGUUUGGGGAAUAGCAAACAGUUGAGGAUGCGGACGCCCACUUCCCUUAGCGGGGUCAGGGAGGAUGAGGAGCAGGUCGUCCUAGUAGAAACCUACUGGCCCACCCAGAUGUGGUUCUCGGAUCUCACGUUCAUCGCGACAGCUCCCCCCCCCCCGGUGAAUUCCCCUGAGGAAGGACCUUCUUUCUCAGGGACGGGGCACCAUCUGGCACCCGCGACCAGACCUCUGGAAUCUCCAUGUCUGGCACCUGGAUGGGAUGCGGAAAACCUAAGUGGCCUACCACCUGCAGUGGUAGACACGAUCACUGAGGCUAGGGCUCCCUCUAUGAGGCGCCUGUAUACCUUGAAGUGGCAUCUGUUCUCUAAGUGGUGUUCUUCCCAACGCAAAGACCCCCAGAGGUGCGCAGUUGGAUCAGUGCUUUCCUUCCUGCAGGAGAGGCUGGAGGGGUGGCUGUCCCCCUCCACCCUGAAGGUGUAUGUAGCCUCUAUUUCGGCUCAUCACGAUGCAGUAGAUGGUAAGUACUUGGGGAAGCACGACUUGAUCAUCAGGUUCCUGAGAGGUGCUAGGGUUGAAUCCCUCCAGACCGCGCCUCGUCUCCUCGUGAGACCUCUCUGUAGUCCUUCGGGGUCUACAGGGAGCUCCCUUUGAGCCCUUUGAGUCAGCUGAGCUUAAGGAACUCUCUUUGACGACUGCCCUCCUGACUGCGCUAACUUUCAUCAAAAGUUUCAUCACGACCCCUUUUAGGGAUCAGGUGGUGAACCUGCAAGCGCUGCCCCAGGAGGAGGCAGACGCAGCCUUGGCGUUGCUGUGUCCGGUGUGAGCUUUAUGCAUCUAUUUGGAUUGCACGCAGAGCCUUAGAUGCUCCGAGCAGCUCUUUGUUUGGUUUGGUGGACAGCGGAAAGGAAGCACUGUCUCCAAACAGAGGAUCACCCUCUGGGUCAUUGACGGCAUCACGAUGGCAUAUCAGGCUCCCUGACACCCUGUGGGGGUUACGAGCCCACUCUACCAGGAGUUUGGCAGCCUCCUGGGCCCUGGCCAGUGGUGCCUCUUUGGCAGACAUCUGCAGAGCAGCGGGCUGGGCAACACCCAACACCUUUGCGAGGUUCUACAAUCUCCAGGUUGAGCCGGUCUUGUCCCGUGUAUUGGCAGGCACGAGCAGGUAAGUUCCGGGACAGCUGGCCGGGUGUACCGCUUGCGCAUAGCGUCUUUCCCCUCCCUUGAGGUGAAGACGUGUGCUCUUGACUCCCAGUCGUGUUCACAGACUGUGAUCCCUCGAUGACUUUCCUCCUUAGCCCUCUGGCAGUUGAGUUUGCGGAAAAACUCGCUGACCGGCCCAGUACGUGUGCUAAUGAGACCCUGUACUGAGGUAGGUGCUCCAUAUGUGCUGGUACCCGUAGGCAACCCCAUGUGAUAUCUUCCGCAAAAUAGUUUCCCUGUCGGCAAACUGCGUCUUCCUUGGGCAGAGGCCCCUCUGCCCCUGGUCGCCAUACUCUGUAGAAACUCCACCCCCUUUGGGUAGGACCUACCAUGGGACCUCUCCACCUGACAUACUAUCGACUCGGUAAGACCAUGUGACGUAUUCCACUCAAAAUACCCCCCCCCCCUUUUUGGGCAGGGUGUAGUCUCUGCGGUGUCUUCCCUUUGGGAGGGACACCCCCCGAUGCAGACACUUAUGGCUCCAAGUCAGUUAACAAAUUCCACUCUUUUUGGGGAGAAAAGAGAGGGAAAGAGGCAUCGGCUGGGCUAGCCUGUCCCUAUAGUUGGGUAGUCAACUUGUUCCUGAUGGACCGUUCCAUGCUCAUAAGAACGUUGGGGGAGGUUACGUGAGGCCUGGUGUGCUGGCUACGAGGCACGCAGCGGUCUGCCCGUCACACACCACCAGGUCAGGUAACACAGUUCAGAUAGUUGUGCUGUUUUGUAUAGGGACCCCUAGUGUCACUACAUCGAUACAACGUUGAGUGAGUGAAAGAUAGGGAACGUCCUGGUUAUUUUCGUAACCUCCAUUCCCUGAUGGAGGGAACGAGAUGUUGUGUCCCUCUUGCCACAAUGCUGAACUACCCGCUGAAAUGGCCGGGACCUGGUCUCGGCUCCUCAGCACAAAACCUGAAUGAGUGGUUGCAUACCAGCUCCUUUUAUACCCGUAUGUCCGGGGGAGUGGCAUGCAAAUUCCACUCGCCAAUUCUCAUUGGCCUUUUUUCAAAAGGCUCCCAAGAGUGACCCCUAGUGUCACUACAUCGACACAACGUCUCGUUCCCUCCAUCAGGGAACGGAGGUUAUGAAAGUAACCAGGAUGUUUUCUUUAGUUUUAUUCAUGCAUAUCUUAAGAGAUAAAAACCACUUCCUUAAAAAAAUGAGUGUACUUUGCAAUAAAUUUACUGGUUGCAUCAUGAGAUUUGUUAAUGAAUCUAAUAUACUGAAUCUGUGUGUGAUACAAUAUGCAAAAUAAAAUUUAAAAAGGACAUAAAUUAAUUCCUUUUUAUGAAUCUCGUUUUAAAUUCUAUCUAGGGAGUUAACAUGCUGAUGUAGCAAAAUUGGCUGCAUGCAACAGAUACAUGUGAAGAUACACAUGUUCCCAUCGAAACUACAGUAAAAAGAAAUGAUGAUGAUGAUGUCAGUUUUAAUAACCAUCAAUAAAACAUAAGCUCCAAUCUCUACUACUGCAACAGUAAUAAAAACCCAUGCCAAAUUUCAAAUUUUUGAGAAAUAAAUAAAUAAAUAAAUACAAAUAAAUAAAAAAAUCUGCUAAUUAAAGAAAUAUCUACAGUAUAUACUGUAUGUGCUCACCAAAUUAAUCAGGCAGAUGGUUAUGUGACUAAACAGUGUUAGUGGCUGAAUGUGGAAUGUUGUUAAUAUGAUAGAAGAUAACAGAUGAAACUUGCUUAUACAUUUUUUAUCAAGUUCUUGUCUUUUUUUUCUGUCCUGGCUCUGUACAUGUGUUUGGGCUGAUGCAUUGUGAGAUGACCUCUGUUCUUUUGUAAGCUAUAUGCCUAUCUCUUCACACACUGCAGGUUUCUAUGAGCUCGCAAAAAAAAAAAAAAAAAUAGGGUGUACGCAUUGAGAUUAUUCAUGUCGCUGUAAUAAAUGCUAAUAUUUUUAAUUUCUCACCUGAA